CUGAAGUUCAUGGAAGUUCAUAUUUCUUCUGGACAUUUACAGCUUGUGUCUGCUUGAAAAACGAUUCGUUAAGUUUUAUAGUGUUAUGCUGACAAGAUUUACAAGUCAAAGAUUUCAGGAUGUAUAAAGAAUUCUGCAGUAUUGCUAUACAGACRGAUGACUUGGGCUGYAAUAAUGGUUGUACUUCAAUGUUCAUUGAUACAGAAUCACUCACUGUCCRCAACAAAUUGGAAACACCACAGCAUGACUCUUGUAUUGGAGUUGAGGCCAAAGAAAAUACACCUUGUUUCAGUAAUGCAGAUUCUGUUAAUAUUUUUAGCAAUACAUUGGAAAGUGUGGAAUUUGAAAAUGAAUUAAAUCAYAGUAACAGCACAGAUUCCUUUGAUUCAUCAGAUACAUUAUCUGAAGAAAACACAGGGGAUGCUAUAGUAAAUGUUGAACAUAGAAUUGAUUAUAGUGUUGAAUAUACUGAAUCAAGUGACUUCCCGAACAAUUUAGACAGCAGUAAAGAUGGAAAUGAAGUUGAAAAUAUGGCUGCUGGUCCUAACAUCUCAGGAGGAUUACAUGAACAGCAAUACCAGCCGAAUGAAGAUGAAAGUGCCAUCCAAAGCAAUGUGCAUGAUCAGUGUAGUCAAAACCAGACAGCAUUUCCUUUGAAAUCUGGAGAUAUGAAAGAAAAAGUAGAUGAAAGACCCUUUGAGUGUCCACAAUGUAAAAAGAGGUACCGCAGUCAAACUGCUUUGGACCGACAUAUAAAAUUGCACACAGCAGAAAAGCCUUUUACAUGUCGACAUUGCAAAAGGAAGUUUCGUCGGCAAUGCGAUUUGUAUGUUCAUUCAAAAGUACAUACUUUAGCACAGCCUUUUGAGUGUCCUGAAUGCAAGAAAAAGUUUCGUAGGCAAUGUGAUAUGAGAUGGCACUUAAAAGUGCACUUAAAAGAGCGACCAAUUGUGUGUCCACUCUGCAAUAAGAGGUUUAUUAGUAACAGUUCUCUAAACAACCACAUGAAAUUCCACUCGGAAGAACGACCAUUUGAAUGUCAACAAUGUAAGAAAACAUUUCUCAGAAAUUGUGAUUUGAAGAGGCAUUUGAAAAUACACACUGGCGAAAAACCAUUUGAGUGCUCUCAAUGUGAAGGGAAGUUCACUUUUAAAUUUGAUUUGAAAAAGCAUGAACGAAAUGUUCAUCUWAAAGAGAAGCGUUUUGCAUGCACAUAUUGUGGGAAAAAAUUUGCACAGAGUGAUGACGUAACAAGGCAUCAGAGACUUCAUACUGGAGAGAAACCUUAUAAUUGUYCACACUGUGACAAGACUUUUGCUCAGCGACAAUCUCUAAAAACACAUAUUCGUUUACACACUGGAGAUAAACCGUAYGAGUGUAGUCAUUGUGGGAACAAAUAUGCACAAAGUGGUUCAUUAAAAACUCACCUUCAGGCUGCUCACUUUGGUGAAAAACCRUAUCAGUGCACUACAUGUGAUAAAAGGUUUAACCAAAACAAGGAUUUGACAAGGCAUAUUCUGACACACACUGGAGAAAAACCCUUCCAGUGCACACUCUGUCAGAAGAAAUAUGCAGAUAAACAAACACUUAAAAAACAUCUGAGAAAGCAUUCUGGGGAAAAUUCCAAUGUUUGUUGACUCCAUAGGCAUUGUAAGUGACGCCAUUUUGUGCAGCAAAGCAUGAUGGUAGUUGUAGUCCUUAAACUUUUUUAUGUCCGUUACAACAGCUCUAAGCAGUUUUUGCUUUUUCUGAGUAAAAAUAGAAGUGUUGUACUAUAUCAAAGAAAAAAUAAAAAUACCUUUUAGGGAGAUAUUAUUUUUAGGGUCUAUGAUAAGCACAAGGACUAUAAUAUAAUAUAAUAAUAUAAUAAUAAUAUAAUACAAGGACAACAACUUAUAUCAAUAAUGCUUUGCUGCACAAAAUGACGUCACUGUACACUGCCUAUUGAGAUUGUAUGUUUUGAUGUUUCUUGUACAUAAUACUCUAAAUAAAUUACCUUGACUGGCCGUUGAG